AUGGAGUCAUUGGCUACUAUAGAUUCCCGUCCUGCGCGUCGGAAGUUCAGCAAACCGCCUGUCAAGGUAGCUUGUCUAUCCUGUCGCACAUUACGAAUCCGCUGCGACGGCGAGAACCCAUGCAAGAACUGCGUCGGCAAGGAUGCGAGUUGCUCCUAUGUUCCCAGUCGGCGUGGCGGACCACGAAAUUGCCAGAAUCGCAAGCGAAGACGGGAACCGGUGUCGAUUCCGGUAGUAGCGAAAGUGCCAGGCGCCGAUCCAACCGUACAGGAGAAUGACAGGUCGGAUACACAUACCACGGAUACGGAGGAGAGAAGAAGUCAGCAGUCGUCGUCGUUUGAGGCCAGUGUUGAACAGACGUCUCUGUCUGGGUCUGGCUUCAGUUCUGGCAUUGGGUCCGAUGAUGCGGAUUGGUUCCAUCAGCUUAUGGAUUUGAGUGAGCCUGGGGCGGGUUUGAGGAAUGUUGAGAUGCCUAUUGCGGAGAUCGAAUCGAUCUUCGAUUCGAUAUUUGCUGGGGAGCAGGGCGGUACUGAUAUACCCGAUGCGAAUGUGCAUUUUCCCAUGGCGGAUCUUGUGCAGAUAUACGGGAGUUAUGGGGAUAUUCUCGACGCCUACUACAUCUUCAUCCACCCAUACUAUCCCAUGCUUCCACAACCCGAACGCCUUCCCGUGUAUAACCGUCCAUUGCGCGAGAAAUCGACGUUCCAUCCAUCCAGUCCACUAAGUCUCGCCAUUGCAUCCCUACUGGUUCUCAUUCCGCACCCAGACGAGAAAGACCCCUCGCGUCCCGAGUACGUGAAACUCCGACGAGACACCGCGCAUUCAUUCGCACAGGCUGCUCUCGAGGCAAUAGAGGUCGAUUCAGAGCUCGUCGCUUCAUCCAGCGACCCGUCAAGUGCUCUCUCCGAAGGCGUGCCGCAACUUGACCGUGAUCCGUUCCAUCCGUUCGUACCAGUUUGCCUAGAGAGUGUACUGGCAUUGCUCCUGCUGAGCGUGUAUGAGUAUGCGCAGCGGGGGAAUAUCAAUAAAAUGCGAAACCGGGCUGGACAGGCAUUGACAACUGCGAUGAGUAUUUCGUUGCACGAGACGGUUGAGGAGGAUGAAUUCGCGGAGGCGAAGCGGAGGGCUUGGUGGAUGACGUAUAUGGCUGUAUGUCAAGGGGCUAUUGUCAGCAGUGUACCGCCUGUCUUCAACGUAUACGACCCACGCUUCGUCACGCCAUAUCCAGAGGGUUGGAAAUUCCUCAUCGAAUCCCAACAAACAAUCCUCGAAGCAACAACCUUCGUGCACGACCUUGACCAAGCAGCAAAGAACCCCUACAACACAUCCUGGAUCUCGCAACGAAUGCAAGAACUCGACAGCCAGAUUACCUCCAUACUCCUUCUUUGCAAAGCGUCGUCGUCAUCGUCGAUGCCGCAGACGCCUGUCGUGGGGUUGGAUUCGCCCGAGGUAGCAGCAUCAAAGGCUAUGGGGUAUAUAGCAGAGAUCAAACUGCAGAGCGCGCGGAUAAAAACCCACCGCUUCAACGCCUUCAAAGACAUCCCCAUCUUCCGCCGUCGCCACUGCGACCUCGAACCCGUGCGAGGAUCAGCCUCAGCCUCAAACCCAGCACCAGCACCAGCACCAGCACCAGCACCAGCACCAGCAACAGCAUCAAUAACCCCCUCCUGCUGCCGCAUGACCAUCCCGCCCAUCUCCUCAAUCCCAUCCCCUGAGAACUCAACCUCAAACUCAACCUCCUCUUCCACCUCUAUACCAUCGAUCAAAUUCCCCUUCUCCUCGCACGCUUCGUCAAAGAUCUGCCUCCACGCUGCACUAAGCAUCGUCACAUUAUUAGAUAACCUGCCCUACCCGAAUCCCACUAACGAGAUUCCAUGGACGAUACCACCGUAUCUAUCAUGGAACUCGCGCGUCGAGAUACCACGCACAAUGCCGACGUUCGCAUGCUGCGCUAUGCAGUCUGGAUAUGCGUUGCUAAUGCUAUGUUUCAAGGCGAGGGCUUUCAACAGAUAUAAUAGCAGCGGUGCCGUGGAUGGUUCAAACACAAGUACAAGUAGCGGAAGUCCACCACUAAACGGAUUCAUGAACGAGUUACAGCAGAAUCUGAGACUCGUGGUGAGGUGUUUGGGGAAUUAUUCGAUUGCGUUUGAGGCGAUGCAGGGGAUGAGGGAUGAGAUUUUGGGGGCUGUGGAGAGGGGGUUUGGGGAGUUUGAUUGA